AUGCCUGCGGACUCGACUGCCACGGCACGAGAAGUCCCCAUCGACACCGUUGCGCUUCAGUUGGAUGCCGAGAUGGCUCAGAUGCGAUUGCAAAGACAGCGUUACUCGACGCUGUGCACCCGCAAGAAUCGUCUGCAGGCUCAUGUAGACGAGCUGAAUGCGCAAGGCAAGGAUCUGACCUUCCAGCGUCAACGCGAGCAGACGCGAAGCGCUCAAGAGCUCGAGCACGGGCUUGCGUCGUCUUCUACCUCAUUGCCAGAAAUCUCUCGUACUCCCGGUGAUCAGGCGCAGCUGCCAGCUGAGGUGCUCGGUGGCGCGUUGCAAGAGCUUACUGCUUGCAUCACGGAGCGCCGAGAGCUGCUGCAGCACCUGCGUGACGGCUCUCACGACUGUCUAAAGCUCCGUGAUGCGCGUUUUGCCAAGUGCUCGUUAUCCACGGUUGCGGGGCUGGAUGACCAUGUAGCGUCUCAGAGCGGCAUCCAUGCCUCCGAUACCACGGCGGUCAUCGCUGGCAGGGGCGAGGCGCCAACGAGAUGUGCCGCACGAAAUCCAGUUUCCGACUCCGCCGUGACAAGUGCUGCACCUGCCUCGGGCUUGAGGCAUGUGGAGGAAGGCUUGGCGAAGGCGCACCAGGCACUGUGCCGUGGCGAAGAAAAGGCACUGGCUGAGAGGGAAUAUUUGCUGCUCCUGCUGCAGCAGUGUGCGCAGCCGCAACAGCUACAGCAAGGGCGUGGGCGCCUGGCGUGUCGCCAGAUGGCCGACUGA